UCAAUGCUAUUUUGCAUGACCAAUGAAACAACGCGAAGAUUCGACAACGCUGAUCCGACCAAUGAGCAUCACGUAUUUUUGUAAUGCAGCGAAUCAAAAUGCUUGAUGCCAUCAAACAUUUCAUGCAUAGAAAAAAUCGUCAAUGUUUACGUUCAGCUUGGUAAAAAGCCAAUGAACAGGGAAUAUACUGUGAGCAGAAAAUUUUAAUUUUUAGAUUUUUAAAAAGAAAUUGAAAGUUUGGUGCUAAUUUAUUGCAGACAAAGCAGGUUUAUAUUCAACAUGGCUUACACCACGGUGUUGCUGCUCUUCGGAAUACCUUUGUUAAUAUCUGAAGCUGCUGUUAUCAAUCCACGAAAGAAUGAUAUCGAGAUUUGCAACAAACAGUUGGAUUUGAUGUUGGUUGUUGAUUCCUCGGGUAGCAUUGCCGAUGUAUGGAACCAUACAAUUGACUUUUGUGAAAAGCUUCUUAGUAAUUUCAACAUAGCGGAUGACCAAGUCAGAGUUGGUCUAAUCGAGUUCAGUAUGGUCGCAAAUGCUUUGAUUCCUUUGGAUAGUGGAAACAAUCUUGGUCGAUUGUACCAGUCCCUGGAAGAAUUGAGAUCCAGACCACAAAAUGGAGAGACACACACGGACCUGGCAUUAAACCUGGCUUAUAGAGUAUUUCUGGCCUCUAAGAGAGCUGAACCUGUGCCAAAGGUACUGGUUCUCAUAACAGAUGGCGAAUUGACAAGUGGAAAAUACGAAGAGCUCAACCAGAUAUUGGGCGAUCUUGCAUCUCUAAAUGUUGAAAUAUUUGUGGUUGCCCAAGGGGAUGACUUGGUUGAAGAUGGAAUUAAAAAGAUGGCGAGCCAGCCUCUUAAUGAUCAUAGAUUCAGCCUCACACCGAAUUCCUUGAACGUUCCAUAUGCUACACAAUCUCUAGCGACUUCUAUUUGCAACGUCAAAGCACAAACACAAAACAAUACAAAUGCAACAAAGAGUGAUGCAAAAGUAACAGAGAGUACGACUAUAAUUAAAGUUGAAAACAAAGCUGGCUUGCAACAGCAGCAACAACCAGCAAAAGAAACUCAGACGUCAUCGAACGUGGAGUUGAAACCGCAAGAGCAAACGUCGUAUCAGGAGGGAGCUUGGCACCAAAACCUCCAGCAGCCAGUUGGCAACCCCAAGCAAACAUACCCUGAAAACCCUCCACCCCAACCGCUGCCGAAUUUGCCUGUUUCAAAUAAAGACUUCAGCAUAGGCAAAGAAACAGGCGCGAAUCAAUACACGCAAGACCAUGUUAGUUCGCAAAAAGUAGCAAAACCUGCUCACCAAUGCAGUGUAAACCUAACUAAAGUGGGAUGUUACAGAGAUUUAGGCCAGGUUCCAAGACCGUUGCCCAUUAAAGUACUUGAAGAGAAAGAAAAUAACUUUCAUGUUGGCAUCAGAAGCUCAUCAUUUGAUAAACAGGCUUGGGAAAAUUUUUUACCCGAGUUCAUAUGCAAGUGCGCUAAGAAGACAAGGGAAAUGAAGUUCUGGACAUUCUCAAUACAGAAUUAUAAUGAAUGCUAUUCUGGCCCCGACGAAGGUCGGUACGAUGAAGAUGGCGACGCUGAGCCAUCAAAAUGCAAAGAUGAGAUGGGAAACAACUGCGAAAAAAAUUCGAAUUUCUGUUCAGGAGAGGCCAAUACGAAUUUCGUCUACACUGUUCUUUCAGACUCACAUGUAUCGAUUGUUCGAAUCGAGUAUGAUUGAUUGUUGGAUUAACAGCCAAGCAAUAACUAGACGAUGACCAGAAUGUGGAAUUGCUCCUAUUUUUAUUAUGUAUUCUGGUGUAGAAUAUUUGCAAAACAGUCAAUAGGCAUCAUUCUGAGUGCUGCCAAACGACGAACAACUCUUCAAUGCGGAAGAUAUAUUAAUAUCAGACAUGCAGAUUGAAGGUGGCGCAAUCAGUCAAGGAGGCUGCUGCUAAAUGUAUCAUGUUGGCUGCAACAAACUGUGUAAAAAAUAAGACUUAUGCGCAAAUCCCUCUUUCGACUCUAUAGAAAGCUGUAUGCAUCA